AUGGCUAAACAAGAGUUGGAGAAAGAGCAGGAGGAGAAGAAGAAGAAUGGCACAAAAGAGAGGCCUAACAAGAAGGAAGUCAUCAUCACCGUCUAUGUUGAAUCACCAUCACCAUCAUCAGCUUCCCAUUCCCAUCAGAAAACUGAUCAGUUUAAGAAGAUUAAGCCCAACCAAAACUCCCGGAAGCCUCGUCAGAUGGCAAAAACAGGCGGCUAUGAUCGCCGGGCUCACCUCCUUGCUUAUGCUCAAGAGCUAAGAACAACUGGUGGUUCCCAACAGGUGCAAUGGCCUAAGAGUGGUUCAAAGCCUAAGCUGAGGGUGGGUGGCAAAAGGUUCACAACUCCAGUGAGACUCAGAAGAACAAAAAACAAAUGGAGAUAUCAGCACUUAGUCCCACAAGUAGACAUAUCGUGCAAUCCCAAAUCCAUCAUUUGCAGGAACAAAAAGGCCACUGGAUCAGAACCCAAUGCUAACUUUUUGAGGAAAUUAAGGGGUGUAUUGAGAGGAUUGUCAUGGCACUGCAAAAAAGGGUCCAAAGUGGCUGAGAAAAAUCAUGCUGUUUGA